UCAAUGCCCAUUUAAGAGAAUACUACAAACUUCUUUAUUUCCUCUGUUUCUAUCCCUUUUGAUUCGUCUCUACUCUUAAAAUUAGAUUCAAUUUACACUCAUCAUGGAAAACUUCCCCACUAAAAAACACCUAUUUUAAGAACAACUUUCAGAUUGUAGAGAUAAUGCAAGGAAUGUGGAUUUCAUUGAAUAUCAGAUGUGGGAACAAGAUGAAUGAUGUAAGGUGUCAGCCAAAGAAGUGUCCCAAGCUAAGAAGCCAAAACCCAAAUGUGGAAGAUAAGCAUGAAGUCUACAAUGGAUGUGAAAUUGUGGAAAGCAGGAUAAGUUUCAAGCAAACUGCACCUCCUAGCACCUUCAAAGAAAUUGGCAUUGAAGAUCCAUCAAGGAAAGUCAUUGAAAAGAUCCUUCAAGAUGCUUUAACAAACCCAUCGAAGAAAAUGUCGAAGAUCAGGAAGGUUUUUAGAGUUAAGAACUCACCUGAAGUAAUCGAAAAGUUCGAGAAGUACAGAGACGUAGUAAAGCAGAAAGCGAAGAAGACAGAACACAAGUAUCCCAGGAGCUUAGUUGAUGGGAACGAGCUCUUAUGUUUCUAUGUUACUACCAUGAUUUGCCAGAACAGACGAUCAGAGCCAAUCUCGGGACCUUGUGAACAUCCCGACUGUAAUCUGUGCCUGACUAUUAGCUCGAGUUUUGAUAUAAAGAGCACAAAAAGGUUUGGGCUUCAGCUAAGUAUGAGCAAUGCGGCACUAAGCGAGAGUAUCGCAAUGAUUUCAAAGGGAAAGAGUUCUAAAACGGUAGUGAUCAUCUGCAGGAUUAUAGCAGGGAGAAUACGAGCUGUAAAAGAUAGGACAAAUGAAGAUGAAUACGAUUCGAUUAGGAAUUAUAGAGGAUUCUGUUUCAAUUCUGAGAAUUUGAUUGUGAAGAAUCCUAAUGCUGUACUUCCUUGCUUUGUUAUAGUACUAAACUGAACUAAAUCAGCUUAUA